AUGAUCACAUCACUUGCUGCAAUUCCAGAAGAAUACAAUCAGACCUACCUCUCUCUCUCUUAUCAUCCGGAAGAGGAAAUGCAGGAAACCAAUGUUCUGAUCAGUGUAUCAUCAAAGCUUGGGACUCUUAGGCUUUGGACCCUCAGACUUCGAACCGUAUCGGACCUUGCCACCUUCCACUUCCUUUCGUUACCCCUCAUCCACCCCUCCCUAAUUUCCCUAUUCUUCCAGAUCAUCCCAUCCAAAAUGACCCAAAUAAAAGUGGACGCCCUCAUCACCAAACAAUUCCUUGCUGCGGACCUCAACGAGAUCCGUGCAAUGCAAGAGGAAAGCAAAAAACAUGCGCCACGAACUGAAAUUGUCUGGAGGAAUGUGUUUCUGUUCAUAGCUCUCCACAUCGGCGCUCUCAUCGGUUUAUACCAGCUACUGUUUCAAGCCAAAUGGGCGACACUUGCCUGGGUAUUCCUGCUGCACACGCUUGGCAGCAUGGGAGUCACUGGCGGAGCCCACCGACUAUGGGCUCAUCGCUCGUAUAAAGCGAGAUUCCCAAUGAGAGUCUUCCUGAUGCUCAUCAACUCGAUCGCAUUCCAAAAUGAUAUUAUUGAAUGGGCCAGGGACCACCGUUGCCAUCACAAGUGGACGGACACUGAUGCGGACCCGCAUAGUACCAACCGGGGAAUGUUCUUUGCCCAUAUGGGAUGGUUGUUGGUGAAGAAGCAUGAGCAGUUGAAGGUCCAAGGAGCCAAGUUGGAUUUGAGUGAUUUGUAUGCGGAUCCGGUGUUGAUGUUUCAGAGAAAAAACUACCUCCCACUGGUCGGCAUCUUUUGCUUCGCCCUUCCCACCUUCAUCCCCGUCGCCUUCUGGGGAGAAUCCGCAUUCAUCUCGUUCUACACGGCGGCUCUCUUCCGCUACUGCUUCACGCUCCACGCCACAUGGUGCAUCAACAGUGUCUCGCAUUGGAUCGGCUGGCAACCAUACGAUCAUCAAGCGUCUUCAGUCGACAAUCUUUGGACGUCGGUGGCGGCAGUCGGGGAGGGAGGACACAACUACCAUCACACGUUCCCACAGGACUAUCGGACAUCGGAGCACGCCGGGUUUUUGAAUUGGACCCGUGUUCUUAUUGAUACAGGAGCCGCGUUGGGGUUGGUGUAUGACAGGAAGACGACAGCGGAGGAGGUUAUUCAAAGGCAAUGCAAGAAUUAUGGAUGUGAGGCGGAGCGGGUGAAGAUGUUGCAGAAAUUGGGAUAA